AUGGGGAUUCUGAGCCAACUAUCAAUCAUUUACCUCCUUUGGACCACCGCUGCAUUUUGCCAAUAUGAAGACUACGAUUUUGGGGACGAAUAUGAUGAGCCAGAUCAUCAACAUCCAUAUUAUUUUAACUCUAAUCCAGGCGCACAAGCUGAGGUUCCCCACUUCCCUUUUCCAGUCGAGUGUGCCAGAGAAUGCUUUUGUCCGCCAGAAUUUCCGCUAUCUAUGUACUGUGACCAUCGUAAGCUUAAAACAAUACCAAACAUCCCUGCUCACGUCCAACAACUCUAUCUGCAAAACAACGAUAUUGAAGCUGUACCUGCAGGACCAUUCACUAACGUUACCAUUUUAAGAGAAAUUAAUCUGAGCUUCAACAAAAUUAAGUCUCAUAUGAUUGAUCGUGGUGUUUUUGCCAAAUUGUCAAACUUAGUGCAGCUUCACUUACAGCACAAUGAAUUAGAUGAAUUUCCAUUCCCACUUCCCAGCUCUCUGGAGAGACUCCUCCUUGGCUUCAAUACGAUUUCCCAGUUACCUGGAAUUGCACUGGACGGAUUACCAAACAUCACCAUGCUUGACCUCUGCAAUAAUUUUCUUGACGAUUCAGUACUCAAAGGAAAUCACUUUUCAGUCAUGAGCAACUUAAUGCAGCUGAAUUUAUGCAACAACAAAUUACAGACCAUGCCUCCCAGCCUGCCGUCGUCACUUAUGUAUCUCUCUCUAGAAAAUAACUCCAUUUCUUAUAUUCCAGAAAACUAUUUCAGCAAACUCCCCAAAAUCAUUGCCCUAAGAAUGUCUCACAAUAACCUGCAGAACGUUCCACGCAACACCUUCAUUAAUCUACCAAACCUUUUAGAACUUAACCUUGGACAUAACAAAUUGAAACAAGUAUUCUAUAUUCCAAGAAGUCUGCAGCAUUUGUAUAUUGAAGACAAUGACAUUGAAAUGAUAAAUGUUACUUUGAUGUGUCCAUCCAUUGAUCCAAUGAACACCAACCAGCUAACCUAUCUACGGGUGGACCAAAAUAAGCUAACAGCUCCAAUAAGCACAUAUGCCUUCUUUUGCUUCCCUCAUAUUAGAACCAUUUACUAUGGAGAACAAAACAGAAAUGGCAACAAGUCCACACAAAUCAGAACAGCAGUGUUCCGACGACUUUUAACACCCGAAGAAUACGAUGAAAUAGAAGAUGAUCAUGAAACACACGAUCAAGAGACUGAGGAAGAGCAUGAAGCAGAAAACUAUUUUUUUCCUCACUUUUGGUGAAAUAAUCAUUGUU